AUGAGUUCCUUACGCCUCCCCGAUUGUAUCGAAGUACCAUCCAAACGGGAUCCCACUAGGGAAACAUGCUUAAACGCCGCAGACAAUCUCGAACGGGAGCUCCAAAAGAUCGGAUUCACAAAGUGGGGCUUCGUUGUCUAUCGCUGCACAUAUCAAAGCCAAGAAGACUGGGACAGAUUUAUGGACCUCUUCCUCUACACCGUCACAGACUAUUUUGAAUUCCACAAAGGUCUAGAUAUGCUAGAAGGUUUCUGCCCGAUAGUCUUUGAAGACCCCUCAUUUGAUGGUGCGACCACCGCCCUUCUCCGCACCCAUUUUAGGAAGUGGGUUAAGACUGCUAAGCGGCGGGAACAGGGUAUUGAUACUCUCUACACGUCGGGUCGCUAUAUAUUUUUUGUCAUGGUCGACCAGGAGGCGCUAGAGUUUGUCUUGAAUUCAAACCCGAAGGCUGUGAUCACAACCGGAUUUGUUCGUUUAAUUUAUGGAGACUGGGAACCGGAGGUAAAUAAAGAUGGCAACGAGGAUAAGGAGCUCGAGCCUAUAGAGGGAUGCACGCAGGAAGAUGUCGGUUGGAUGAACAUACCUUACGAUGAGGUGCAGUCGAUUGGAGCUGGAGGGUUGGCAAUGUGUGAUAUGCAUGAUUGGGAUAUGUAUUAUGCUCGUCCUCCAGAAAUGCAGGCCUUGGGUUGA